AUGUUCUUGAAGUUUACUAUCUUGAGCUUAGCAGCGUUCGCGAUCGGGGGGCUUUUAGCAGACAGUACUACCUACCAACUCGUUGAGAAGCUAGAAGAGGUACCAUCUGGAUGGCUAAAAGGAGAGAAACCGCUAUCAUCGGCUCUAAUAAAGUUUCGACUUGCGGUAAACUCAGCAGAUCUAGCGGCCUUUGAACAGAGCGUUAUUGAUCUGUCCACACCGGGAAACCCUAGGUAUGGCCAGUUCAUGAAUCUUGAACAGUUGAAUUCCGAGAACGUCUCCUCGGACUCAAUUGAACUGAGUGGCAACUGGAUUACUUUCCAAGCAGCCGUGUCUCAAGCCGAACGAAUGUUCAAGACAGAGUUCUUCUAUUAUAAUAGUGAUACUACCGAUACCAGGAUCUUGCGAAAUCUGGAGUAUUCUGUACCUAGUCAGAUUCAUUCUUAUAUCCAAUUAAUUGAGCCGAGUACACGGUUCGGGGACUUUCGUCCUUUGCGCAGCGAACAAAGCCAGCCUGUCCCUGCUACCGAAGCUGAUUUUUCAGCUCCAUGCGGAACAGUAAUCACACCAGACUGUUUAAGAGAUCUUUACGGUUUAUAUAACACAACAGCGUAUCCUGAUUCUCGGAAUCGAUUAGGAAUAGCUGGGUUCCUGGAAGAAUAUGGUCGACAUAACGACCUGUAUCAUUUCCAGAAAGUAUAUGCGCCCAACCAGACGGAUGCAAGUUUCGACGCGGUCUCUAUCAAUGGCGGCCAGAAUGACGGAAAUUCUGCUCAUGAAAGCGUGGAAGCUAGCAUGGAUCUCCAAUAUUCAAUUUCACUGGCCUACCACACAUACACGACCUUUUACACAACUGCCGGUCGGGGUCCCUUAGUGCCCGAUGGCGACCGACCAACAGCGAAUGAGUCUUCGAACGAACCAUAUCUCGAGCAGCUUCACUAUCUGACAAAUCUACCCGACAGGGAUCUCCCUGCUGUUAUAACAAUGUCAUAUGGUGAAUCCGAGCAAAGUGUCCCGCGAGCAUAUGCAACGGCAACAUGUAAUCUCUUCGCUCAGCUCGGAGCUCGAGGGGUGUCCAUAAUUUUUAGUAGUGGGGAUGCUGGACCUGGAGGAUCAUGCCAAAGUAAAGAUGGGUCAUAUCGGGCGAAGUUUCUCCCUGGAUUUCCCGCCUCUUGUCCCUUCAUUACAUCUGUCGGCGGAACGUAUCAGAUUUCACCUGAGCAGGCAAUAAGUUUUUCUGGAGGCGGUACCCAUGGGCCACAGCAAUGGAGAGGAAUGUUUAAUGCUGGUGGUAGGGGAAUUCCAGAUGUUGCGGCACAGGCAAAUCGAUUCGUGGUCCGCGAUCAUGGAGUAUAUUUAACUGUGGGAGGAACAAGUGCCUCUGCACCUGUUAUUGCGGGUAUUGUGUCUCAGCUAAACGCAGUUCGGUUGGCACAUGGGAAACCUCGAAUGGGUUUUCUCAACCCGUGGUUGUAUACGUUGGGGCGGACUGGAUUCAUGGAUAUAGUGGAUGGGGGAUCGCGAGGGUGUGCUCGAUCUCCAAUUCAGAAUGCUGGGUGGAAUGCAACUGUUGGCUGGGAUCCAGUGACAGGGUUGGGAACGCCAUUGUUCCGGAGUCUAGCACAGUUGACAUUACUAUGA